UCCACCGUUUCAUCUUUAUCAUCAUCAUCAUCAUCUUUCUCUCUCUUUAACUUUCUGUCGAAAGAAUCAGAAAAAGGUACUCAAACGGACGAAGUUCUCUGUUUUAGUGUUGUGAAUAUACACAUUAUAUGUAUAGACACACACACAUACUCUACUGUAGUUCUUCAGAGACCAGAGUUCUGAUCUUUGUGUCUUUAAUCAGUUAUCCAAGCCUUUCUCUCUCUCUCUCUGCCCUCGAGAAUCUCUAGAAGCUUGUUAAGCUAUUAGUUUAAGACGUGGGGACCUUUCAAGAGAGAGUUUAGAUGGGUAAUAAGCUGGGAAAGAAGAGACAAGUUGUGGAUGAAAGAUACACAAAGCCACAACAAGGUUUAUUACUGUACAUGAACAAAGAUGUCGACUUCAAAAAGCUUAAGAAACUCAUCUUGGAGGCCAAGCUUGCUCCUUGCUAUCCUGGUGCUGCUGAAGAUAUCUCCUCUCUUGACCUUGAAGAAUGUCCUAUUUGCUAUCUGUACUAUCCGAGCCUCAAUAGGUCAAGAUGUUGUUUGAAAAGCAUUUGUACAGAGUGUUUUCUGCGGAUGAAGAGUCCUAGUUCAUCUCAACCUACUAAAUGCCCGUAUUGCAAAACAUCAAACUAUGCUGUUGAGUAUCGUGGAGGGAAGACUAAAGAGGAGAAGAGCAUUGAAAAAAUUGAAGAGCAGCGAGUUAUAGAAGCCAAAAUAAGGAUUAGGCAGAAGGAAGUUGAAGAAGAUGAAGAAAGAAUGCAAAAACGUCUGGAAUCACCUUCUUCUCAGACAAGUGCAGUGACAGCUGAUACUGAGUAUGGUUCUGCUGCAGAGGAGGAUGAGGAAACUGUUUCAUCUCAAGACUCAUGUGUUACAUCGCACCCUCGGGUCAGCAGGGAUGAUGAGUUUGAGUAUGAUCUUGAGGAUAUAAUGGUGAUGGAAGCAAUAUGGCUCUCUGUUCGGGAACCUGGAAAUCAGAUAAAUACAUCUCCUGAUGAAAAUUCAGAAGAAGAUAACAAUAAUGUGGGACAAUCAUUGAUGCCAUCUUCAUCAUCUUCACCAUCUGGUGGGCUAGCUUGUGCAAUCGCUGUUCUUGCUGAACGCCAGCAAAUGGUUGGAGAAUCUUCCUCCAAUCAAAACGUUAAUACUUUAUCAUACAACAUGGGUCCAGGCACUUGCAACAGCAGUGGUUACAAUGCCAUGGAACAUGAUAGUAACCAUCACCUUCUAGAAGCAGGAAUCAACGAUACAACGAGAUCUGAUUUGACUGACGAUAAUGGCAGAGAGGUUUCCAGGGAAGUUUCAUGGCAAUAGUGUUUUCCCAAAGGCUCAAAGGAAAGCUAAAGUUGUUCAUAGUCUUUGCUUGUAUAUGGUUAGUGUGAGUUUGGUGAUCUUGGAUUGUAGUUUUCAGGAUGUUUGUUGAUCGCUUCAUACAUGUACCUGUAGGAAAAUAUUAAAUGGUUUUCAGUUUUUUUAAUAUAAAAGGUUAUGAUUAUGCUUUGA